AUGGCCUCAGAACUCCCCAUCCCAGAGACUCGCGUCCUGGCCGUGGCCAGUCACGUAAGCCCUCUUGCCCAAAAUGUCGGCAACAAAAUCGCAGUCUUCACGCUGCAGUCACUUGGCUGCGAAGUUGCCGCGCUCAACACUGUCCAGUUCAGAUACCGCCAAUGGACUGGCACAAAGGUCACCGCCCAGGAGAUUGAGUCGCUCUAUGAGGGUCUCAAGAACUCGUUCCUCGACGACUUCGACAUGAUGCUCUCUGGAUACAUCCCUGGCGCCGAGGCUGUCGCCGCCGUGGGGCGCAUCGGCAAGGAGCUCAGGGAGAAGGCCAACGCCCAGUCUGCACCAGGCAGCUUCUUCUGGGUCCUUGACCCGGUCAUGGGCGACAACGGCAAGCUCUACGUCGCGGAGGAGGUCGUGCCUGCGUACCAGGCCCUUGUCGAGUACGCUGACCUUGUACUGCCCAACCAGUUCGAGGCAGAGCUCCUUUCCGGAGUCAAGAUCACCGACAUGGACUCCCUCGAGAAGGCUAUCCAGGUCCUCCAUGAGCGCUACCGCAUCCCUCACGUCGUCAUCACCUCCGUCAGCAUCCCCUCCGCCGACCAGCCGCCUGAUCACCUCUCCGUCGUCGGCUCGUCCAUGACCUCCGACGGCCAGCCGCGCCUUUUCAAGAUCGUCUUCCCGGCCAUCGACUGCUAUUUCAGCGGCACGGGCGACAUGUUCGCCGCGCUCAUGACGGUGCGCAUGCGCCAGGCCGUGUGGCAGAACAGCGCCGCCGCUGAGCUCCGCGCCGGCCGCGCCUGGGUCAGCGGCGACGACGUCGAUGUGCUCGAGCUGCCGCUCGCGAGGGCUGCUGAGAUGGUGCUCGCCAGCAUGCACGAGGUGCUCACCAAGACGGCCGAGGGCAUGGGGGCUGCGGGCCGGGGGGAGGCGGACGAGAAGAAGGCGCACCUCGUCAAGAGCCGGCGCGCGGAGCUGAAGCUCGUCCGAAACCUGGCAAGCUUGAGGGAGCCGACAGUGGCACUCAAGGCCAAGAGGAUAUGA